UAGUGAAGUAUUGUAAUGUAUAUUUAUUCGUCUAGGUAAAACGAAUUCCAAUAUGUCGUCAGAUGUUUUAGAUUUAUUAAGAGAACCUCGGAUGACUAAAAUAUGCGCUCCUAUGGUUAGGUACAGUAAAAUACAGUUUCGAACUUUAGUAAGAAAGUAUAAUUGUGACCUGUGUUUUACACCGAUGAUUUUAGCUGACUCGUUUGUUAAAUCAUCGGCAGCCAGAGCUAGUGAAUUCACAACAAAUAAAAAUGACAAGCCGCUUAUUGUACAAUUUGCUGCUAAGGAAAUUGAUUAUUUUGUUGGUGCUGCCGAAUUGAUUGCACCGUAUUCGAAUGGCGUCGAUUUAAAUUGUGGUUGCCCCCAACGCUGGGCAUUGAAAGAUGGGUAUGGCGCUGAUUUAUUAACCAAACCAGAACUCGUUAAAGAUUUAGUUUAUCAAGUUAGAAAUCGAAUAUCAAAACCAUUUUCCGUCUCUAUAAAAAUACGUAUACUCAAAGACAUUAAACGGACGAUCGAAUUGUGUCAGGCUGUGGAGCAUGCCGGUUUAUCCUUUUUAACCGUGCACGCUAGAACGCCACAAAUGCGAAAUGAGCCAAUUCAGUUGGAGAGUUUGAAGUUAGUAAAAAGUUGUGUACAACUACCCGUAAUUGCCAAUGGAAAUGUUAAAUGUUUGGAGGAUGCAAUGAAUUUAUAUACGGAAUCCAAUUGUAAUGGAAUAAUGGUCGCCGGUGGUAUUUUGAACAAUCCUGCUUUAUUUUCUGGAUAUAGAAGUACACCUGUGGAGUGCAUUAGAGACUGGAUUAAUAUUACAUCCAGCGUGCCGACUACAUUUUUAUGUUUUCAUAAUCAUCUUGUUUUUAUGCUUGAAAAGGUAUUGAACAAGAAAGAAAAACAAGUGUUUAAUUAUCUGAAUAAUGUCAACGACGUCUAUGACUUUCUUAAUAAACGUUUUGACAUAACACCAAAAAUGUUAUAUAGGGAAUACGAAUUAACCAAUUGUGAAUAUCAAGUUUUGCCACAAAUAAGGCAUCCAAAGAACAUAAACUUUGACGAAGACGAAGACUGUAGUUUAAGCUUAGAAAAUCUUUUUAUCUAAUAAUACUACGUUAUUUACUCAAUAAAGCUUAAUAUGCUUGUUAGCACCACCUAACG